AUGGCUGCGGUACCGCAGAGGACGCUCAACUGGCUCUACAGUGUGCUGAUUAGGGACCACUACGACUCGAGGCAAACUUACCAAGACCCCAACCGGACCUACUACGAUGUUGCCAACGUGUUAGCCCAGUAUCCAUCCAUAUCUCCGCGAACAGAAGUCUACACCUACGAAACCGGUUUGUCAGCCCUACUUCUGCAACUCUCAGGUACGCUGCCAGUCUCGUUUCGUGGCACGGUAUACAAGUUCCCAGUAACAUUAUGGGUCCCCAAUACCUACCCCCGUGAACCACCAAUCGUCUAUGUGACCCCGACGAAGGAAAUGGCGGUCCGAGUCGGCCAGCAUGUGACAUUGGAAGGAAGAGUGUAUCACCAUUAUCUAGCACACUGGGCAGGGGCAUGGGAGAGAUCGACUCUAGUCGACCUCCUAUCAAUACUCCGUGAGGUAUUCGCUAAGGAGCCGCCAGUCCAAUACAAACAGCCCCAACCAGUACCGCAGUAUCCUCAGCAGCCAGUACAAGUGCAAGCGCCACCACCUCUCCCUCCCCUUCCACCAGAGCUUGAAUCCUCAGCAAAUACUCUGGCGACGGCCCAAAACAUCCCUUCUCCUCAACCCGCACCGCAGACGCCACCUCAGCCUCCCCCCAAACCUGGGCUAACUCCAGCUACGGAGCUCCAGCGAAACACACGAUCACAGCAAAAUAACACUCCGUCGACUCUUCCCCCACUACCACCCAAAGAGCAAGAUCCUCGACGGAUAUCCACCCAACCCCAUGCGGGAAUCAGCAGUGCCAGGGUUCAUCAUGCGCAACAUAUCCCUGAGGGGGGCGGUGUUCCUAAAGGGCCAGUGAGUCCAUAUCGUCAUAACCAACUACCGGCGCACCCUAUACCACAGCCGAUGACAGCAUAUCCGCAAGGACCAGCUACUUCGUCAGUUGGCAAUGGCAUUCCAGCUCAACCUCCGCCUCAUAGCCUACCUCCCAGGCCCCAACACCACCACCAACCAUCCUAUGUCCCAGUUCACCAUCCUGCAUACGAGCAAGCAAGCGCGCAGUACCAGCGCGCAGCGGCACAGCCAACUGCUCGUCCCUCUCCUCGCACGUUUCAGCAUCCCAUCCCCACUACGCAGCCAGCAGCGCAACCAAAACCAGAAGCCCAAGACCUCCUCACUUCCCCAUUCGAGCUAGAACUCCCUUCGAUUGUCCCCACGGGUCCGGCACCCCCGAUACCCCCCAACCCCGAGAAGGACGCUCUCCUACAAGCCGUGUCCAAAACGCUAGCAGAAACUCUGCAUUCCAACGUCGCGCAAUCCGAAACGGCCGCUCAGUCCCUCCAUUCACAAUCACAGUCCCUACAUGCAGCUAUCGCCACCCUGCAAGGCGAGAUCGCCUCGCUGAAUGGUUUGAAUGCAACCCUCCAAUCCAACACCUCUAUCCUGCAGCAAUCCCUUCAUCGCGCCGACGGCGUCAUCGCAGACGCCCAGACCCGCAUCUCGUCUGCCGCGCAGUCAUCCAGUAGAGACCCCGUUCCUUCCGGUCUCCCUCCCAUCGACGACGUCCUUGUCGCCCCGACCGUCGUCGGCAAACAGCUCUACGACCUCGUUGCCGAGGAACGCGGCAUCCAGCAGGCCAUUUAUGCCCUGCAGGCCGCCCUAGUAAAAGGAGUCAUCAGCGUCGAGACCUGGUCACGACACACACGCGGUCUAUCACGCGAAGCUUUCCUCAAACGAGCUCUCAUUCGAAAGAUCGGCAAGGGUAUGGGUCUAGAAGAUCAUUCAUAG